UCGUAACAUUACACACACUUAUACUGUAUGUGAAAUUAAAACCAAUGUCGGUGAUACUGACACAGCCUAGUGUGGCAUCACCAUUUCAAUUAUGUACUUACUUAUAUACAUAAGAAUCGAUUUACAACGCAUCCCUAUUUUUUUCACACGAGAACACUUAUCACAUAUAUAACCUAUAAAUUACAAUAAAAUAAUGAAAUAUUCUUAGAUUCCGGAAGUGUAAUUUUUAUUUAGCAGUACUUAUUAUGUUUGGAAUUCGUUCUAUUAUAAAUAAGACCUGUCUUACUAAUGGAUUUAAUUUAUUGGAUCAACAAACAAGGAAUACAUUUAUCCUAAAAAGAAGAUGGGCCGUACCUUUGCACAAGAAGGGUGGGAAACCAACAAAAAUGAGAGGACGACAUUUUGUGUAUGAUUUAGUGGAGGACACAAAUAUUGUUAAGAAAUCAGAUAUAAAAAUUAUUUUGACCCAAUUUGUUCAAGGUGCUGGUACAACUGGUGAUAUACUUAGUUUACGACCAUAUAAAGCAUACCAGGAUUUCCUUCUUCCUGGGUUUGCAGUAUAUGCAAGUCCAGAAAAUAUGGCCAAGUAUAAAGUUGAUGAAGAGAAACCUAAAGUAGAAGACAUGUACAGUUCUCCUUAUGUGCAAUUGACAAUGGGCCAAUUAUCACGAUUAGUUCUUCAAAUUACAAUGAGCAAGUCAGAACCAUGGGUACUUGAACCAUGGCAUAUAAAAGCAUCUUUCCGCAAAACAGGGUUUAUUGUACCUGAAUAUGCAAUAGAAAUGCCACCUGUACAAAUCAAAGGACCUGAUCUUAGCCUCCAAGAAAAAGAAUUUUAUAUUACUGUUACAAUCAAUAAAAGGGAGAAAGUAAAUGUUAGGUGUAGGAUUCAUCACUGGGCAACAGGUUUGGACAGAUUGCCCUGGGUAGAAGAACAUUGGAAGAAACCUGUAGAACCACUUAUACCCGAACAAGCUAGUGUUUUAGAAAAAAUGCAAAAAUAGAUUAGUUCUUAAAACUUAGAUAUCUAUUUAGGUUUUACGUUUGACAUAGACAAUGGACUAAGUUAAAAGUUCCAAAUCAGCUGUUAAUUGAAUUGGGUCAGAAAAGUGUGUUUCAAAGCAAUUAUGUUGGCCUUAUAAACAAAAAAUAACAAUAAUAUGUAUCUGCAUUUACAAGAACGAGUAUUAAUCUCAUAUUUGUUGCCAUUACUGCUGCGUGGUCAAUCUUCUGAGGAUAGAUAUUCAGUUCAUUAUUUAUGUGUAUAAGACUUAACAUAAUAAAAUUGCUUGUGGAAUUUG